AUGUCGCUCGGCAUACCUCCCUCACGCAUUGUGAUUCUCGGACAAAGUCUCGGCACCGCAGUCGCUUCAGCCGUAGGAUUGAGUUUCUCAGACCCGACUUCUGAACUCUUGCCUCAACCUAUAUCCAGCGGCAAAGUCGAGACGGCAAGAUUCAGAAGCAUCAUUUUGGUUGCACCAUUCGCCUCUCUACCGGAUCUUUUGCUCAGUUACCGCAUUGGAGGCUUGGUUCCCGUCCUGGCACCUCUCCGCCACUCGCCCUUCCUCGUCCGCAUGAUUUCGAAGUAUAUCCUUGAUACAUGGCCCACUGGUCUUCGCCUCAAUGCCUAUGUAUCCGCUGCUGCUUCUGUGGCAUCUGAGGACAACGGUGCGGGAAACGUGCAUAUCUUGCACGCGCGCGAUGAUCAGGAUAUUGCUUUUGCGCAGACGGAGAAGCUGUUUGCAAUGGCUGUUGGGAAAGAGGUUGAGGUUCUGCCUUUGGGGGUUAGAGAGGUGGUCGGGGAGGGUAGGGUCAAGGUUAGAGUUGAGAUGUUGGAGUAUGGGAUGCAUAAUCGGGUUGUCACGUAUGCUCCUGUUGGGUUGGCUGUCAUGAGGGCUUUUGAAGGUGUGUAG